AUGGCCAUCCCCCCAGAUGAAAAUGCUGCGGCUCCAUUAUCAAUGAGCUCGUCGUCGCUAACCUUUGCCCUGCAGGCUCUGCUCCAUCGCCAUGAGUCGUAUAUGGCCGAGGCGGAGGAUGACCGCAAGCGCUUACUCGCCAAUAUCGAGAACCUCGAGCGGGAGAAGCGCCAGGUCCAGGCAGAAAAUGCCCGUAUCAUUGAAGAGAACCGCGGCUUGUUAGAGCAGCUGGACGGCCUGAACAAGGCCGUUGCCGCAUCGGAUGCCCAUGCAAAUUCGCUCGCUGCUACCCUGGAGAACACCGAGGCCGAACUGCGCCAAGUGACCGCGUCGGCAGCCCGCGCGGCGGAUCUCGAAGCCCAACUAGCCCAGAUAGAGGCUGAGCAAUCCAGAUUGCAGGACAGCCUGCAGAUUGCCCAGGAAGAUGAGAAGUCGGCCGUGCAGCGGUGGAAGAAGGCCGAAUGUACCCUGCGAGACCUGCACGACCAGGUCGACCGAAUCGAGAAGGAAGCUCGCGAAGAGCGUCAACGCCAUGCGGAACUCGUCCAGCGCAUGGAGCGUAGGAGGGCCGUCGAGCGCGAGCUUGAUGGUGCUGCGGGACGGCUGAAGGGCGCGGCGGCGGCGCAAGAACUGGAUCGAAACCGCGGCAAUCCAAACGUGGUUUCACGCUUCGUCCGGGACAUUCUGCAGGAUAACGCUCAUCUGCAGAUGGGAAUUAUAGAGCUGCGGGAGAUGCUCGAGAGCUCGAACCAGGAAGUGCAGAACCUGCGGGAUCAGGUCCUGUCACAUCGGCCCUUGACGGCGAAUAAUGAAGACGAUGAGGGACAGCCUCGUCCGCAACCGACGACCCUGAGUCAGGAACUCGAGCCGAAGGAAUCGCGUCGCGUGUCGUCCGAGUUCCAUAUCCAUCAUCACUACCAUUCCCCCUCUAUCCCAGCCAGUUCGAAGAAAGACAAGGGUACAAUCUUCCGUCGUUCCAAGAAGAGACGGUCUCUGGGGACUGCCACGGUCAUGCACUCGGCAUCGAGCUCGCAGAUUUCCCGGAGAUCCGCUCAUCAACCCCAAUCAUCGAUCUCGUCGACGUCGACCAUCCUAUCGCAAACCUCCGUCUCGAUUCCUCCUCCCGCUGCCUCCCGUCGGUGGUCAUUGCGGUCUCCUGCCGCAGAAUCGAUAGCGAGCUCCCCACAGUCAGGGUACCGGACAUCGUCCAUCUUCGAUCGAGUGGAACGAGGCUCCGAGUCAUCUCAACCAAGCAGUCCAGAAAGCACUGCUCUGUCGUCUCCUAUCAUGAAGUCGCGCCACAAGCACAUCCCCUUUGACGUGCCUUUUCGACCUCUUGAUGGAAUGGAUGAGCCCGAGAGAGUCGGUACUGAGGAAUCGAUGCAGUUUGCAUAUGACUACUUCGGUCAGAGGACUCAUGGGGAAUUGAGCGACCGGAUGCCACUCCAUUCAAUUAUACCUGAGGAGAUGGAGGAUGCCUUGUCUGCGCAGUUUGGCGAGUCGAUUCCCAACAACCAGCCCUCUGCGGACCCUGAUGAUGUCUUCUCCCCCUCGCGGAGUCCUCUGAGGAGUCGCCAAUCGCACGAAAGUCUCUUUUCUAUCGCGGGCAUGGACAUCCAUACACCCAGCCGCCGUCCAUCCCGCAUGAGCGAUCUCCAUUCUAGCUUGCCCAUCCGCGCACCUCGCCGCAUUAUAUCCCCCAGCGCAGAGCUCUUCUCGCCCUCUCCGGUGAUUUCCACAAGCACUGUUACCGCUGGCCGAGAGCCGCCAAAGGUGUCUGAGCAUUCUCCCCGAAGACUACUUGCCACUGUUGUCGCAAGUCGCGCUCGGGCCGGGGAUGACGCACCAUUCGCUGAAUCUGCGGAGAUUGGGUCUGAUUCCACCGUUACCCCGAGCCGUAAGGCCUCAUUAAGCCGUCGAGUCGGAGGCUGGGUCCGGGGCCGCUGGGGCAUUGCUCCUACCUCCUCUAACGGAGACACGGAGCCGCGCGCCGAGUCCGACAUGGCCACUGCGCAGACUCCAGAGUCACCCGCCUCUUCACGGCCAUCCUCCGCUGGUAAACAGAAGAGCACCUCCAGCUUCGACGCGAUGCCGAAGCUGCGAUAUAGGUUUCCCGGCGUCAACCAGAGCGGACCAAUUAUGGGCUUCCGGCCGCCUCCACAGGCCCCGGUUUCCCUGCAUCCGGAGCAGUUGGAUGAGAAUCUUCUGCGGGAGAGUCUGGCCGAAUGA